GAGGCUUGCAUGCACAAACGGCGCUGAACGGCCGCCGCGGAUGUCUUCACGACGCGAUGCGCUGCGCUUGCACUCGUUCGCUGCACCCGCCAUCUCUCUCUGCCGUGUCCUUGCGUCCAUGAUGCCUUCUCACUUGUCGUCGCUAAGCCUCGCACGCCUCCCCUUUCCUCACAGCCGCGGAACCACGAUGUUUGCUGCGUCAUCUCUCACGGCACAUCAUCAUUUCCCGCACGACCGUGCGUGGCUCCCCCAGAAACGCCCAGCUGCCCAGCCGCCUGGCGAAGCCCCAGCCGCGGCCCUCCUCUGGCUCCCCGGACGUCAAUAUAGCGCGCCGCCAUCGACAAUAGUGUGCAAAACAUCAAGAGAGGCGGGGUUGACGUCGCACACCAGCGUCGCCUUUGCCUUGAGGUGCCGCAUUGGCGCGUGCCGCUGAUUUGCUAGCUGUGCAGUCUUCCAACGCCACGCCUGGUUGCUGGUCCAUUGUCACAGUAUUCUACCAGCCUUCCGGCAUCGAUUCCCUGUUUUCUCUCUCUGCAGUCG